AUGCGUACGUUUGGCGAACCACUUGUGAAUCUACGAUCCAUUACGUACAAAGAUAUGGUAAAUGCAAGCGAAAAAGCUUUGUGGUAUCUGUUUAAGCCAAUCGGCAUGAAUAUGCAACAUGUUGAUCUCCGGGGUUGUCGACGUUUCAAAGGCCGUUGCUUCCGAUUAUUUGGCGAUGCACUGGAAAAUAUUUUGCUGGACGGUUGUUGUCGCCUGGACAAACAGUCCUUGGAAGAAUUAUGCAUGCAAUCACCGAAUAUUACAGAACUUCGGCUGAGCGCAUGCUGGAUGGUUUCGGACGAUAUAGUAAGCUUAAUAUCGCGAAGUUUGUCUCAUUUGAAUUCAUUUGCACUGUGCGGCGAUCGCUUCAUGGAUUUAUCCUCCGCUGGUUUGAUGGCUAUCUCACGACUCAAGUUUCUUCGCGAAUUAUGGCUUGAUUACAAUUCAGCUGUAACCGAUGAGUUGUUGGAAGCCCUGAUCGAAUCGAUCCCUGGUUUACGCUUAUUGAGUAUACCAUAUGCCGGUACGGAUUCCACCAUAACAAAAGAAGUUGUUGCGAAAAUUGCAAAUCUGAAAGACCUUCAAACGGUGACCUCAAAGUCAGUUCAGGAAUUACUGAAUGCUUUCCCGAUUGUUGAUGACUCGCGAACUGCCAAAGCUGUAACAGUUGUUAUUGGUGGUACAAUCUGUGAUUUGGCAUCGUUACGUUUGCGAAAUACCCGAAUGGUGGUGGAUACCAGCGAUUACAGUGCAAUUUCGAGUAACACUGCACGAGGGCUUCUUUCAAGUACUUCCGGAUUUCUUGGUAUCAUUUUUUAA